AACAUUUUCAGGAGCGACAAACAACAAGAGCGUGACGGAACUAUCCGUGGGGUACCAAACUUCACAGCCAACAAGAUAAGRUUAAUUUGUGCUAACAAAAAAUAUAUAUAAAUCUAAGAAGUGAAACCUUCAGCUCGUUUACUUUUUUCGAAGUGGCGCUAGUUGUCAGACACGACGCACUUGCUUCCUGUGAAGAACGCAGUGAAGCUAUGUGAAGCGGCGGACUUUUCAACGCCGCGGAGCAGGACGAGGACAAACCGCAGCACUCCUCCGGUGUGUUUAUAUUUAUAUUCCUAAAUGAAUCCGUCGWCGGGAUGUCUCUGAGUUCGGGCGGCUGGACUCACACUCCCGGCCUCCCAGCGGACCAGCCUUCCGCCGUCCUGCCCAGCAACUCUAAUAAUAAUGACGAGGCCUCGUCGACCCAGUUCGGCUGCCAAACCGUCCUCAUGUCGGUUCGGGUUUCGGUGUGCCACUCUGGGAUUCGGCCGCUGUGUCUUCCGGGAGCGGGCGAUGAGUCACUCCGCCUGCAGCUCAGCAUGGACCCGGGGAAAUCCGGGGAAUUCCGCCUGACUCUGCAGGACACCAGCGGGGCUGGACGGAGUGUGACCGUAACCGAGUUUAAUCUGAGGUUCAUAAACUACGAGUUGAAGUCACCAAAGUGUCAUGAACUGGUUCUGGUUGCGCCGCCUCACGAUCGCAUCAGUUUCAACUUCCGCUGUGAGCAGGAGGCCCAGGAGUGGGCCACGGUGGUCCUAUCAGCACUGAAAGAAGCACACCGCGUUGCACCUGAGGAAAAUGGGUCGCAGCAACUUUCUGAUKGCCUCCAGCUUCCAAACACUUCCUUUUUACAAAAAACAGAGGACGCUUGCAUAGAGCUGAGCAGAGCCAUCGAGGCGGGGGACGUGCAGUCGUCUUCGGCCUUCGCUGCUGCGCUCGCCCAGGAGCAYGCAGCGCUUCGGAUCCAGCCCUCCAGCAAAGACUACGAGGAUACUGAAAUCAGUCUGGCUGUUGUAGUGGAGGAUUCCUCCUCCUCUUGUUGUGUCACUGUGAAAGUUUUCCCACUCAUGACUACUGCAUCGUUAAAACAGCAGAUGUUCCUUGAAUACGGCUUUCACCCACGAGUGCAGCGCUGGAUAAUCGGUCAGUGCCUGUGCGCCGACCAGCGAACCCUCGCCUCCUACGGCGUCCACCGGGACGGCGACACGGCCUUUUUGUAUCUGCUGUCCGCCCGCUACGCCCGCCUCACUCUUCAGGACCUGCAGCAGGACCAGGAGAGUGCGCUACUCCUCAGUCCUCCUCUGUCAGUUCAAAACCUGUCACUCACGGAAAAAUCCACAAACGGGCUUUCGUUCCAAGACCGGAGGCCGUACACCACCCUACCUCCAAGACUCCACAAUAACGUCGGGUUGGUCCUGUCCUUCUUGCACAUACAUAAACAAACCGACCCGGCCGGGCUGUGAGAUCUGCAGCACCAACCGCCCCGAGAGCUACAUCGUCCCGGGGGGCUACCAACCUGAUGCACUGGAGCUCCGGCGGCUCCAGAAAGAGAAGGAGGCCAUCAGGCAGUACCAGCAGGCAAAGGAGGAGGAGAGAAUGGAGAAUUUUGCCCGUCUUGUGAGSCUGGACGGUCAGGACCUGGUGCCCAACCCUGAUCCCGUGGACUGCAGGAUUUGCUACAUGGAUCUACCACCAGGAGAGGGGGUCCUGCUGAGGGAGUGUCUGCACUGCUUCUGCAGGGAGUGCUUACGCUCCGUCAUCAUGCUGAGCGAGGAGCCCGAGGUGUCCUGUCCCUACAGAGAUGACACCUACUCCUGCGCUGGCGCUCUGCAGGAGAGGGAGAUUCGAGCUCUGGUGCCAGCCGAGGAGUACGAGCGGUGGCUGCAGAGAGGCCUGUCRGUGGCGGAGUCUCGGUGCGAGGGCAGCUAUCAUUGUGCAACUCCCGACUGCGUGGGAUGGUGUGUGUACGAGGAUACAGUCAACGUCUUCCACUGCCCUGUCUGUAGGAAACACAACUGCCUCAUUUGCAAGGCUAUCCAUGAAGGAAUGAAUUGCAAACAGUAUCAGGAUGAUCUUGCAGCACGUGCUAUAAAUGACUCUGCUGCCAGGAGGACGACACAUCUACUGAAGACUCUUUUACGGUCAGGGGAGGCCAUACACUGUCCACAGUGUGGUAUCAUUAUGCAGAAGAGGGAUGGAUGUGAUUGGCUGCGCUGCACCGUCUGUCACACUGAGAUCUGCUGGGUUACCAGAGGGCCUCGCUGGGGGCCGAAGGGUCCUGGAGACACCAGCGGAGGAUGUCGAUGCAACGUCAACAAUCAGAAAUGCCAUCCUAAAUGUCAAAACUGUCACUGAGACUAAAGACUGUCUUGUCCUCGGAGGGAUUCCUGGACUGAACUGGAAGAGAAGUGUUCUCAUGAAACAUGAAAGGGUGAAUUAAAGCUUCUGAGACGUAUUUAAAACAGGACACAUUCUCAGUUUUCUCUCAGCACACUUUUAAUCGUCCCUUGCUUUCCUGACUGUGAGAGCGUGGUUAUGAACUCCGAAUGCAUGUGGUGCGUUUUUGGUAAAUAACUGCACUCCGGGUGUAGCCAAACAGGCGUGUUGUUUUGUUUUUGCUGUGACAAACAGAUGCAUUGAAUAAAACUGAAGUGGCCUUAAUCCUCUGCACAAAAGCUGUAAUAGACUGUUACUAAUUUUAAGUUUUAUGAAAAAUGUGUCUGAAUCCUUGGUUGGUUUUUGACCUGUAACCUUUUUGCACAAAAAUCAAGCAGGUGUAGGUAGCUGUGUASACUUUAGUACGACACUGUGUGUGUGUACUCUGCAACCAAAGAUUUAUAAGUCAUCUCGUUGAACAGAAACAAUAUUUAGAUCUGUACCUGUCCAGAUUUUCACAGGUCCCUGAAGAAGUUUCAUUUGCUCAACAGAUCACCAGAGUAUUGUGUUGUGACUUAGUGUUGAUCAAAAGUGUAUAUUUUUUGGUAAGAGAACGAACGUGUCUUUAAUAAUCUCACAUUUUUGGUAAGGAUAUCAAAUACUGAGUGAUGCAUGGUGAGGUUAUACAAACCUUACAGCUUUUUAAAAGAUUUAAUGUGAUAGCUUUAUUUGUAUUCACCUGUAAGGWUGCACUGACUGUACACCAGCCCUAUUCCUCUGCUACACUACUGUCCAGAACUGACGAGCCAUGAACAUGUCCUCACUGUUCCACAUGUUUUAAUGUCAGCAUCAUGUUGCUGAUGUACUGUUUGUGCCUUACUGAUUAAUAAAUACCCUUCACAUUGAGA